AUGGCAUUUUUAAAAGGCCUAGCUACAGUUGAAGAAUUGCAGAUAGGAAAUCUCAUGUUUUCUUCUAUUCCGGACUCCAGGGCAGCGAACAAGUGCGGGGUGUGCCCAGCCCGCGCCCUCAGCCCGGGGUCCCGGAGUCGGAGCGCGGCGCCUGCAGUACCGCGGGGAGCGCGGGGCCGGCGGAGUGGCUGCCGCGGGGGCUGGCAGGUCACCGGGAGGCGAGUGCAGAUAAUGUGGCGCCGCGCCUGUGGCGAGGGCGUGACUAGAGUUUCGGUCGCUGGAAUGGAGGGUGUAGCCCGACCCUCGGGUUCAAAACCCCAGUGUAAAGGAAGAAAUAGGGAUGUUCGCUGUUUAGGUGAUGUUCAAAUAUUGGCAAUCCCAAAGAAGCUUGUUGGUGCCAUGGGCCACAGACUGGAGCUAGGCUCUAGUAACGUGGGCCAAAGGAGACCACCAGAUGACAUGGUGGCGGCGUGCCUGUUUGUACAGGGAUUGGGACACUCAGUGUUUGUACAGGGAUUGGGACACCCAGUGUCGGACUUGUUAGCAUCCACGGUAUUCCAUUUCAUCAGAAGCUUAAGUAUAGAUUCUCCUUCUGAACAGAUGAUUGAAAAAGCCAAAGGGGAAACUGCCUAUUUGCCAUGCAAAUUUUCCCUGGGUCCUGGAGACCAGGGGCCACUGGACAUCGAGUGGCUGCUCUCACCAGCCGACAAUCAGCAGGUGGACCAAGUGAUUAUUUUAUAUUCCGGAGACAAAAUUUAUGAUGACUACUAUCCAGACCUGAAAGGACGAGUGCAUUUUACAAGUAACGACCUUAAAUCUGGUGAUGCAUCAAUAAAUGUAACCAAUUUACAGUUAUCAGAUAUUGGCACCUACCAGUGCAAAGUAAAAAAGGCUCCUGGUGUGGGAAAUAAGAAGAUUCACUUGAUAGUUCUUGUUAAGCCUUCAGGUACAAGAUGUUACAUUGAUGGAUCAGAAGAAAUUGGAAAUGACUUUAAGCUAAAAUGUGAGCCAAAAGAAGGUUCACUUCCAUUACGAUAUGAAUGGCAAAAAUUGUCUAACUCUCAGAAAAUGCCUAUGUCGUGGUUAGCAGAAAUGACUUCACCUAUUAUCUCUGUGAAAAAUGCCACGACCGAGUAUUCGGGAACCUACAGCUGCACGGUCCAAAACAGAGUGGGGGUUGAUCAGUGCCUGCUACGCCUGGAUGUUGUUCCUCCUUCAAAUAGAGCUGGAACAAUUGCAGGCGCUAUUAUAGGAACUUUACUUGCUCUGGUGCUCAUUGGUCUUCUUAUCUUUUGCUGCCGUAAAAAGCGCAGAGAAGAAAAAUAUGAAAAGGAAGUUCAUCAUGAUAUCAGGGAAGACGUGCCUCCUCCGAAAAGCCGAACGUCCACUGCCAGGAGCUACGUCGGCAGCACUCAUUCAUCCCUGGGAUCCAUGUCUCCUUCCAACAUGGAAGCCUAUUCGAAGACUCAGUAUAACCAAGUACCCAGUGAAGAUUUUGAACGUGCUCCUCAGAGUCCAACUCUCCCACCCACUAAGCUGAAGUACGCUUACAGGACUGAUGGGAUUACAGUGGUAUAAAUGUGAAGAACUACUGAAGAAUCCUAAGUAUUCUACUGUUCGAUUUUAGUAUUUACUAAAUACUUUAACGUAUGGGAAAAUGCUUUCUUACAAGGCAGAGAGAGUAUAAGAACAAGAACAUUUCUGCUUUAUAAAUGACAUUAGACAUGUCAGUCAAAUGUAAUACCAAAAUUAGGAAAAUCUUUAGUAACUUUGACAGUAAAGAUGCUUUACUAUUUUUAUAUUUUCAAUUGCUUUCCAUUAAUCUUAUACCUUUUUAUGCAUCUUUUGAUAUUGUACCAUUUGGGGAAAACAGUUGAUUUUAUAUAUGAAAAUAAGUUGAAUUUUUU